UCCCUCUUGUAUCCUUUCCCCUCGGCGUGUGCCAUGGCCUCACAGUGACAAAAUGAAAUCUCCAGGGAGAAUCAACUUGUGGUUUUGUCUGGAAAUCUUCAAAGAUCCCAGUGGGUCUAGGCCAGAAGCCCUCUGGGAUACAAACAUCUCGUGCCCUCACUGCAGACAGGGCUUUGCCCAGAAGACCAUCAGACUGAAGAGGAAAUUGUGGAAGUUGUAGAAAAAGCUGAGCAGCCAAGUGUGCUGGGAGUCUAAGAAGAGGAGUCUAAGAAGAGGAGCAGACAGGAGUGACCGGAAGUGCCCUGAGAACAGUGCUUGGCCAUGGCCACAGCAAGACCAGGGCAGGGCAUCCAAGAGGAAAUCAAGUGUCCCAUCUGCCUGGAGCAUCUGACCAACCCAGUGACACUAGAGUGUGGGCACAACUUCUGCCAAGCGUGUAUCAAUGACUACUGUGAGACGUGGGAACAACAUGGACCUUUGGAGUGUCCUGUCUGCAGAGCCAGGUUCCAGAAAGGGAAUCUCCAUCCAAACUGGCAGCUGGGAAAUCUAGUAGACGGCAUUAAACAAUUGCAGUUAGUUCCUGGAGUUGUAGAUCUGUGUGUGAAACACAAGAAGGAGCUCAACUUGUUCUGUUGGGAGGAUGGGGCGGCCGUGUGUGUGGUUUGUGAGAGAUCUCCAGAGCACAGGUCUCACUCAGUGCUGCUCAUUGAAGAGGCUGCCCAGAAAUACAAGGAGCAAAUCCAGCCUGAACUGGAGAGUCUAAGGAAAGAGAGAAAAAGGCUUGAAGCCCAGAGAGUGAGUGAGAGUCAGAAACAUCAGGAAUAUCAGGAAAAGACAAAGGCUGCAAGGCAGAAGAUUGUGUCUGAAUCACAGCGACUGCACCAGUUCAUCGAGGAGCAGAAACAACUCCAGCUGGCCCAGCUGGCAGAGCUGGAGAGGGAGAUUGAGGUGAUUCAGGAGGAAACUGUCACCAAACUGUCUCAGGAGAUCUCCCAUCUGGACAGCCUGAUCAGGGAGAUGGAGGACAAGUGCCAGCAGCCACCAGUGGACCUCCUGCAGGACAUCAGAAGCACGUUGAGCAGGUGCAAGAAGGGGCAGUUCCAGCUACCAGCAGGGAUUUCCCCUGAGCUGCAAACAAGACUCAAGAGCUUCAAUGGACUAAACCUAAGGGAGAUGAUUAGCCUAUUUCAAGACACUCUGCAGUCUUAUCUGAAGGAGGGCUCAUACCCGAAAGUGACGGUGACUCUGGAUCCAGACACGGCUCAUCCCCAUCUUUUCCUUUCUGAUGAUGGGAGAAGUGUGAGAUGUACAAUCAUGAGGCAGCGUCUGCCUGACAAUCCUGACAGAUUUUAUACAUACUCCUAUGUACUGGGCCGUCAGGGAUUCACCAUGGGGAGACACUGCUGGGAGGUGGAGGUGGAGGUGGGGGAAGAGGCGUUCUGGGCUGUGGGGGUCGCCAGAGAGUCCGUGAAGAGGAAGAGACUCAUCCACUUGAGCCCAGAGUGGGGGAUCUGGGCUGUGCAGUGCUCACGUAGUCAGGUCCAGGCUCUCACUUGCCCUAAGCCCACUGCACUGUCCCUGUGCCGGGUCCCCAGCAGGAUCCGUGUGUGUCUGGACUGUGCAGCGGGGCGAGUGUCAUUUCUCGAUGCUGACAUCGAGGCCCCAAUCUUCACCUUCCCGCCGGCCUCAUUCUCUGGGGACAGAAUCCAUCCCUGGUUCUGGCUGAGGAACAAUGGAGCUGAGCUCAGGCUGUGCCCCGGAAAUGGGGGGUGGGCAGGGGCAUGUCCCAUGGGGAAUGAUGCACUCCAGCCUCCUACUCUCUGCCUCAACACUUGAAGGAGACUGUCCCAACAGGGACACCAUACUGAUAUUUCAGUACUAUCCCCAUACUUGUAGUUUAAUUAUUAUCCCCAGCAAAGGGAUGCAAGGUUCAAAAAGCAGUUUGGGAGCCUGGGAAAAUUCCAGCCCAGGGAUCGGCUGGGUGGCUCCCCUUAAAACUAGUACAUCUUCCUGUCCCCAGGGUGCAGAGAGAGAUGCAUGUGCUGUUGAGAAGGCCUGGGAAAAGUCUUCAGCAUGUUUGCACCCUGCGGUUGCCUGCUGGAUGCCUCGUGGGUGGGUCAGAGGCCAGCAGAGCAUCUUAAGGGUCAAGCAAAAGAGAGCAGAUGCCUAGGAUGAGCAAGUGAAGUUAAUGUGUGAGCUGAACAAAUUCCUUAGGGUAGGGACACAGCCCUGGGAACCCCCUAGACAGCAAGAAGGUGAUUCCCUUCUGGGUUUGGAGACUUGGGAGUUGGUAACAGUAUGAUAAACCCCCUGUGUGAGUGGAUGGGGAAAGGACUGUGGCUGGACUGGGCGGCUUGGCACAAAGAGAUGCCAGCUAGGGAAAGUCCCCAGGAUGCCCGUGUGGGUUGAGACCCAGGAAGGCAGGACCUGAGGGGAGCCUCAGUGUGCCUGAGUGCCUUAAGGGAAAGUGAGUCCAGAGGUGCUGUCUGGUCUGCUGGGCGCAGCUUGCUCUCCCUCUGUGGGCGCGUCCACACAUGCAAGCAUGUGCACUUGCAGCAGAUCAAAUAGAAGCGGUGCAAAAUUUGAGCCAGGGCUUUUUGCUUCAGCAAAUGUGCUCACACAUGCACUUUGUUGUGGAGCAAACCGUGCCACUUGGGGCAAAAUAACCCUGCCUGAUUCUUCCUGGAUCUUCAGUCAGGGGGAGCUAGUGCCUGGGGCCAGCACCUGUGCUGUCCCCAGCAGCAUAAAAAGCUGCCCUGUCCUGGCCCCAGCAGUAUAAAAAGCUGCCCUGGCAAGUAACUCAGAGCUACUAGCUCUCAGGAGCUUCAGGGGCCCAGCCAAUUGGUACCUGGGGACACUACCCCUUGUGCCAGCUGGACGCUGCAGCAGCCCUGAGAGUUCCCUGCACCCUCUCCCCGCUGCAGCAGGCUGGCAGUGGGGGCUGCUGCCUGGCUGUGACCUGCUGCGCACCUGCCAGACUCGGAUGGGGACUGCACAGCCAGUAGAGGCAUCUGCCCCUGUGGGCCAGCUGCCAGCGGGCUGUGGCUGCAGAGUUGGCCUUUGUGCGGCACUACUGCCAUUUGUGCCCCCUGCCCCGCCAUCUGGGCAGCUAUCGCCUGGAAGAUAUUCUGGGUGUGGUGGCCUGCUUUGAACUGUCAAAGCAUGUCCUCCUGGCCCCAUUUGACCAGGAGGGCAGCCGCAGCCAGCUGGGUCCAAGGUGUCAGUGCUGAGCAGGCGAAGUCCUACCACUGGCUUCCCCUAGCAGGAAGUCUGGUGUUCCCUAUUGGAAAACUGAAAAUUCCCUGAUAAAAAAAAUCCCAAAGUCACUCUGUAAAAUACCCCCAAAUCCACGUUCCUCCACAAGUAAAACAAAAGACCACUAUAAAGAGAGAGAGAGAGAGCAAGACAGAGACAGUGAUCAGUUGGGCAAUGUUUUAUUGAUAUAUCUACAGUGGUAAAACAAGUCUCUUAUCACAAUAAUAAAGUGAACUCUAAAUACA